CCAUAUUGGAAUUCAGUUGUAUCGCGUCGCCAGGGAGUGAACGUACAGCUGCCAAAACAUAACUCAUUGAAAACCCUUUGCGUCCGAGAUUGAAGAAGAGUCAUCAUGGCUUCCACCUCAGCUUGCCGUCAAAACUUCCACCUGGAAGUGGAGAACGCCCUGAAUAAGCAGAUCAACCUGGAACUGUACGCGAGCCACGUUUAUCUCACCAUCGCAUCGUACUUCGACCAGGACGAUGUGGCUCUGAAGGGCUUCCACAAGUUCUUCAAAAAGUCGAGCGAUGAGGAGCGUGAGCACGGCGAGAAGAUGAUCAAGUACCUCAACAUGAGGGGCGGCCGGCUGGUGAUGAAGGGCAUCGAAGACCCUCCCUCCCAGGCCAACUACAGUUCACCCCUUUUGGCCCUCCAGUUCGCCCUUUUCCUCGAGAAGAAGGUGAAUCAGUCUCUUUUGGAUCUGCACAAGACAGCGACGGACUGCAACGACCCGCAGUUCUGCGACUUCAUCGAGUCCGAGUACCUGCAGGAGCAGGUGCACGCGAUGAAGGAGAUCUCCGACCUGAUCACCAACGUCAACCGCGUCGGCGAGGGCCUUGGCGUCUACAUGCUCGACAAGGAGCUGCAGUCCUAAUUUUCCUGACUCACUGAUUCUGGUUCAAUAGUUCAAGUACUUAAGCAAAGAGCUGAUCAAUUUUAAGAAAACAUUUUUUUAUGUUGAAAGAAUUUUAAGUGCUAUAAUAUAUUUCAUGUGUAGGAAUGUAGAACUGCAUUUCAUUAUUAUUUUUAGAGGCUGCAGGUGUUAUACGUGGUGCAUUCCAUUCAGUACUGAUUUCAUGAGAAUUUUAAGAUGGUCAAUAAACGAAACUGUUGAAAUACCAAUCCGA